CUCCUCCAUUUCUAUGAAGUCACUGGCACUGGAGAGUAAAAUCACUUAAAAAAGAGCUGUUUAAUAUUCUGUGUUGACUUGUUGAAAGUUCGAGAAGAAAUGUCCUGGUGCGAGUCUUAAACCCGAAACCAUGAAACCCAGAUCAACCAUCUCCACUACCAACAUGGUUCACGUGGCUUUAUCUCCUUCUAUUGUGAUCUUCUGUCUUCUUGUCAUAGAUUCGAGUUUUGCUCUUCAAAUGAGAUCCGUGGAUAUUCCUCGUUUCCCAACUUCGAGUUCCACCAUCAGACUGGUAUGCAAUUAUGACCUUGGGCCAGAUCGACUCUAUUCCGUCAAAUGGUACAAAGAUGGAAGUGAAUUCUAUAGAUACGUUCCCAAGGAUACUCCACCUUCUCAAUACUUCAAUGUUCCUUCUGUUCUCGUUGAUCAAGAUCAAUCCAAUGAUCGGGAAGUGGUUCUGCGAGAGAUCUCGUUGCUCUCGUCGGGGAUUUACACCUGUGAAGCCAGUUCUGAGGCUCCUCGGUUCAAGACCAUCAGUGGGCAAGGCCACAUGAAGGUCAUCGACCUGCCCGACAGCAAGCCAAUCCUCAGUGGAGGCAGCCCCAAAGGUUAUCGGGUCAGCGAGUGGAUGGAUGUGAAUUGCACGUCUCCCAACUCCCGGCCACCCGCUCAACUGAAGUGGUACAUCAAUAACGAAAUGGUGGACCCGAGGUACAUCAUUCAGUUGCCGCCUUUCAAGAGCCAUGCGGGCUUAUAUACUUCCACUUUGCGGCUCCGAUUCCAAUUGAAGCGUCACCACUUCAUCCAAGGGCAUGUGACGGUGAAAUGCACUUCCACUAUUUACACCGAAUACUUCGAGUCCAGUCAUCUCCAUGUCCCAGGAUUGGGAUUGGGUGAGAAGGCUUUGGAGAGCAGGACCAAUGGCUCUCCGCGUUUAAAUUCUAGUCAGUUUCCUUUCCUUUUGAUCUCGUGUCUUCUCUUUUGUCUCUUGACAUUUCCUCCCCAAGAAGAAUUUGGACCGGCCACGUGUUCCACACCUCCGGUUUCCAGAGGAUCUCCUCAUCCCACUCGUACCAUAUCAACAUCAUCAACAUUCCUGACCUCAUGGAACACCAUUGGAACAUCUCGCUCCUAAUCAAGACGGAACAUUCACCUAUGGCAUGAUUUUCUCACUUUUGAAAUUCUCCUCGCGAAUUCGGUUCCACAAGCUACAUAAAUACAGCGACUACUACAGUUUCCACCUAGAAUGUGAGAGUGUGUACGUAUGAAAAGGUCGAUGUGAGAACCUUGACGUUCCUUACAAAGCUAGCUGGGCAUGAAUCUAGUGCUACUAAACCGGAGAAAAUGUGAGCGAAUGAACGCAUCCGGCCCCUCUCCACAUGAUAAACCAAUAUGUUUGCUCCGAUGCAAUGAAAUACAUUAUCGUUAGUUCUAUUCA